AUGUCCGCAAAAAGUUUUCUAAGACGUUUAACGGAUGCUUCAUCAUUUUCGAUAUUACAGGAGAAGCUUACUAGAUUAAAUGAUACAUAUUUGCUGAAUACAUCUGAACAAAACGUCGCACGUUGUAUUGAUAUUAUCGAACUCAAUGCAAAAGUUCAGCGAGAAUUAUUUAAAGUGUUAAAUGUUAUUUCAUCCGAAGGUGGUUUAUACGGCGGAACAGCAGCCAUCAAAAGUCGUCUAUUGCCAUUUUUAAGUCAAGAAGCAUCGUAUUUGAAUGGGAUAUUAACAAAUGAUUUAUAUUGGCCAAUAUUACGAAAAACACAAGACAUUGAGUAUGAUGCAUUGGCACAAGAGUAUGAUCAAAGUUUAUCUGAACUCGAACUUGAGUUACGGAGUGCACGUAUUGAUAACGCCGUGCUUGAAGCUGAACUUGAACAAACUCGUCAUGAAUUGUUUGAUGAACAUGCACGGUCAACCGAUGAAAAAAUGUUCACGGAAGCCGAACUUAGCAAUCUUCGUACACGAUUGCAUGAUGCCGAAUUUCGUUUAUCACUUGAACGUUAUCAACCUCAUUCUCUAUUGGCCGCAGAAUAUGAAAGAGAAAUUCGGCGAAUAAGAGAUGACAUAAAUUCUAUUCAACGUCGAUCACGCUCACGCUCACUGUCACCAAGACGAAGCUACAGUAGUUAUACACCAAGGGCAGUGUCACCACUUACUGUGGUUCGAUCAACAUCACCAUUAUCGCCUGAUGAACCAUUACAAAAAAUUCGUGAAAGUAAUUUAAUACAACGCUUUAGUGAUAUGUUUGUUAAAGAACGUCUUGAUGCUAUGGAUACGUUGCGAACGGUGUCAGAUGAUUAUGAUAUGAAUCAACGUAUUAUAUUUAAUAUCAUUCAGGAAGCAUUUUCAUUGUCAAAACGACGUUUUGUUGAUUGGAAAAUACGUUUGCGUUCACAGUUAGCUAUAACACAUAAUGGCCCAGAAACAUUAGAAGAAAUUGUUCAAGAGUAUAUUAAUCGAAAUGUGGAUUUUUAUGAUUUACCAUCAAUGGUGUCGGAAGUAAUUGAUAAUUUACACCGUAAUCCACGAUUAAGUUUGCCAUUAGGUGUGACAUAUUCGACUUUGGGCACUUAUAUUCGUGAAGCAUGUCGGGUCGCUUGGCAUAUGACAUGUUUGGCUUAUCCAUUGGACAUCUCUUUUGCAAGUGAUGCAGAAGUAUUUGAUGACAGCAAGUAUCGACGUAGUUAUGAUUCUGAAUAUUCUGCUCCAUUGGGAGAAGCUUGUACAAAACGUGGUGCUUCAUUAAAUCGGUCACGAACUGCCAGUCCAACACGUCGAGGAACAAGUCGAUCUGUGAGCCCAUUGAGGCGAUCACGUGCUACAAGUCCAGUUGCCUUUUCUUCAUCAUACCGUAAGCUAUUAUUAGAAGGCAAAUACGAAAAAACGGAUGUUUAG